AUGGCUCAACACACAAAAUAUCUUCAAGUAAUUCUCAUUCUGUUGCUUCAGGAUUUUGCAUUUGCUGAAGAUGGUGAAAUAAGAUCAAAAUCUGUUUGUCCAACACGAAUUCCAGUAGCAGCCCGAGAUGAGAAGGGAUUUGACAUUCUUUUAGGGUUGGGUGUGAAGAAGAAAGUAAAGAAAAGGAUUCAGCUUUCACCAACCAAGAUGAAAGCAUAUGAAGUAACUUCACAAGUUGAUUUGUCAGAACUCACAAGCAAUGUUUUCCCAGAAGGACUUCCUCCUUCAUAUGUUUAUGUCUCUACUCAGAGGUUUAAAGUAAAGAAAAAGUGGGACUUAUGGAGAAUCGUUACCAGUGAUGGAAGACCACAAAUUGCUGUAACCUUAAAUGGAGCAGAAAAAACUCUGUCAUUUACUACCACCAGCAUAAUGAAUGGCACUCAAGUUGUCAUUUUUGCAGAAUCUGAUGUUAAGACUUUAUUUGAUGAAGGCUGGCAUCAAAUUCGCCUCUUAGUAACCGAAAAGGAUGUCACUUUAUAUAUUGAUGAUCAACAAAUAAAGAGCAAGUCACUGCAUCCAGUUUUAGGUAUUUAUGUCAGUGGCCAAACCCAAAUAGGGAAAUACUCUGGGAAAGAGGAAACUGUCCAGUUUGAUGUCCAAAAACUCAGAAUCUACUGUGAUCCAGAACAAAACAACCGUGAAACAGCUUGUGAAAUCCCUGGAUUUAAUGGAGAGUGCCUGAAUGGUCCCAGUGAUGUAGGCUCUACACCAGCUCCCUGUGUGUGUCCACCAGGAAAACCAGGACUCCAAGGCCCCAAAGGAGACCCUGGACAACCUGGGAAUCAUGGUUAUCCAGGACAGCCUGGUCAAGAUGGUAAGCCUGGAUAUCAAGGAAUUUCAGGGAGUCCAGGCAUUCCAGGAUCACCAGGAAUACAAGGAGCCCGUGGGUUACCAGGUUACAAAGGAGAACCAGGAAGAGCUGGUGUUAAGGGUGAUCGUGGAGUUCCUGGUUUUCCUGGUCAACAUGGGAUGCCAGGAUCAAAGGGUGAAAUGGGCCCCAAAGGAGAAAAAGGAUCACCUGGAUAUUAUGGGAAAAAGGGUGCAAAAGGUGAAAAAGGAAAUACUGGCUUUCCUGGUCUUCCUGGACGUUCUGGGGAACCUGGGAGAGAUGGAAAAGAUGGCUUAACAGGCAUUCCUGGAUUCAAGGGAAUACCUGGAUUUCCUGGAAGUAGAGGAUUAAUUGGACAAAAGGGAGAAAUUGGGCCUCCUGGACCACAAGGAAAGAAAGGAGCACCUGGGUUAAAUGGUUUAAUGGGACUUGAAGGAUCACCUGGCCAGCCAGGAACACCUGGGUUGAAGGGAAAUAAAGGUGAACCUGGAAAUCAAGGAAUAACUGGACCUCCUGGAGUCAAGGGAGAACAAGGAAUAUCAGGCUCACCAGGAGACCCAGGAUACCCAGGCUUACCUGGGACACCAGGAAAAAAAGGUGACAGCGGAAACCAAGGUGAAAAAGGUCUUCAGGGCCAAAAGGGAGAAAAUGGAAGAUCAGGGGAUCCAGGACAACAGGGAAUUCCAGGCCAACAUGGAACAAAAGGAGAGAAGGGUGAAAAGGGAGACCCUGGCAGUCGAGGUGCCAGUGGGCCUAAAGGAGAAUCAGGGAUGGAUGGCUUAAUUGGGCCUAUUGGUCCAAGAGGACAACAUGGAGAAACAGGCCCUCGAGGACCUCCUGGAUUAGAUGGGAAACCUGGGAGAGAAUUUUCAGAACAGUUCAUACGGCAAGUUUGCACAGAUGUUUUGAGAGCCCAGUUACCGGUCUUACUUCAUAGUGGAAGACUGCAAAACUGUGACCACUGUCAGUCCCAAAAUGGUUCCCCUGGCCUUCCUGGACCACCAGGUCCAAUGGGACCAGAAGGCCCUAGAGGAUUUCCUGGGUUGCCAGGGAGAGAUGGUGUUCCUGGACUAAUGGGAACUCCUGGACACCCAGGUGCUCGAGGGCUAAAAGGACAACCAGGAAGAAAUGGGGCAAAGGGUAACCAAGGGUUUGGGCAUCCAGGAGAACGAGGUCCCCCAGGCCCUCCAGGUCCUGAGGGUCCUCCUGGAAUUAGCAAAGAAGGUCAUCCUGGAGAACCAGGGCUACCUGGCAAAGAUGGAGACCCUGGGAAUCCUGGAAUACAAGGACCAACAGGACCUCCUGGAAUCUGUGAUCCGUCUUUAUGUUUCAGUGUGAUUGUUGGAAGGGAUCCAUUUAGAAAAGGGCCAAACUAUUAA